ACUGCUCAUAUAACCGUUCCCCUCCAUUCACUCCCCUCAGAAUCCAACGCACCAGUCACCGGCGAUGUCACCGGAAAAUUCACCUCCGCCGCCGCGAAAAUAACUCCUCCGCCACCGGAACUCCCACCUCCGCCAUCUCCAUCUUCACAAUGUCAACACCUCAGACCAUAAAACAGAGGGUCCUCGGGUGCCUGACCAAGCUCUCCGACCGCGACACGCACUCCCUCGCCGUCGCCGAACUCGAGUCCAUCGCACGGAAUCUCGACGCAGCCACCGUGCCGGCGUUCCUCUCUUGCAUUUACUCCACCGACGCCACCGACAAAUCACCAGUUCGCAAGCAAUGCGUGCGCCUCGUAGCGUUCCUCUCCGAGGCUCACGGUAACGCGCUCUCUCCCUACCUCUCGAAAAUCCUCGCCAGCAUCAUCCGCCGCCUCCGCGACCCGGACUCGUCGGUCCGAUCCGCGUGCGUCGACUCGGUCUCCGCAUUGUCAUGCCACGUCACGAAGCAACCGUUUGCUUCGUUCCUGAAGCCGUUGGCGGAGGCUCUGUUCACGGAGCAGGACCAGAACGCGCAGGCUUGCGCGGCGCUGUGUUUAGCUUCGGCGAUUGACGGAGCUCCGGAUCCGGAUCCUGCCAAGCUGGGGAAACUGUUACCGAGAUUCGAGAAGCUUCUUAAGCGUGACGGGUUUAGGGCGAAGCCUGCGCUAUUGACACUGAUCGGAAGCAUCGUUGAGGCCGGUGGCGCGUCCGGUCAAGCGGUGUUGAAGAACUUGAUUCCUUGCUUGGUGGAAUCGUUGAGCAGCAACGAUUGGGCGGUGAGGAAGGCUUCGGCGGAGGCGCUGGUGGUGUUGGCCACCGUGGAGAGGGAAUUCUUGUCGGAAUUCAAGGCUGAGUGCUUGAAAGUUUUUGAGAAUCGACGAUUUGAUAAGGUAAAGUUGGUUCGUGAAGUUAUGAAUCAGAUGUUGGAAUCAUGGAAGCAGAUUCCUGAUGUUUCAGAUGAAUUAUCGCCACCUCCUCAAUCACAAUCUUCUUCAAAAGGGAACGGAAGUGAUGGGCAUGGGCGCUACCCCCCAGUCUCUCAAAAUUCAUGUAGUCCUGGUUUAGUCAUGGCUAAUUUGCGGAAGAAAUCUGCUUCUGUUAGCAGAUUCAGUCCGCAAGAUAGUUCUUCUGCUAGCAAUGCUAAGAGUACAAAAGUGUUGAGUAGUAACAAGAGAAUGAGUUCAGUUGCUUCAUCACGAAAAUUAAACCAUAAGAAUUGGGAUGCUCAAAUUUUCCAGUCCAAUACUCCCUCCGCAGCCAUGGCUGAUCAGGGUGAUCUUCAGGGUAAAAGCAGAAUUUUUAAGCCAGAAGUUAAACGCGCACUAAAGUAUGGUGGCUCCAAAGCUGGAUCUCGUGUGGUUCCGUAUCAUGAAGAGAGUCAAGAGACUCAAGACGCAGUUUCUGUCAGUAAUGACGUCUCUAAAGAUCUCAAUAGGAAUGACAAAGAGAGUGAAGAUUUGUCUUUGAUCCGUGACCAGUUACUGCAAAUUGAGAAGCAGCAGUCAUAUCUUGUUGAUCUUCUGCAGAAAUUCAUUGGAAGCUCACAAAAUGGAAUGCAUUCUCUAGAGACUCGGGUACAUGGCCUUGAGUUGUCAUUGGAUGAGAUCUCUUAUGAUUUGGCUGUAUCAAGUGGAAGGAUGACUAGUUCUGAUGCUCCUGCUCACACAUGUUGCUUGCCACCCGGAGCAGAUUUUUUGAGCUCCAAGUUCUGGAGGAGAACACAAGGCCGGUAUUCAACCACACGGCUCUUUAGAUCCGGUGGCAUCGCAUCACAUGCUGCCAUGCACUACAAAGCUGGUAGGAAUGCUGAAACUAAGUUGACAAACAACGGAUCCAGGCUUGAUGGACGCUUCAUCACUAAUCCGUUGGCAGAGAUUCGUACAAAUUCAAGGAGUUUUACUAUAUCAGAGCAAGUUUAAAAAGCAGAUGUGCUGCACAAUCUAGAAUGCAGGUUUGAUCUUUUGAUUCUCAAUCAGCAAUCAGCUUUGAUGGAAAAUCCCUUAACUGGGGUGGUGUUGAUUGGAUCAAGCCUCUGAUUUAACUUGCAUAUUUUCAAUCAACAAUUUAUGACUUGGUCAGAAUAUUAUAAAUUGUUGUGCUACUUGGAAAUAGUCCAUGUAGUCUUGUUACUGGUGAAGAAGGACAGAACCUGGCUAGACCAGACAUUCUAUAGUCAAUAUACUUGUGCAGAGUUUCGUUAUAAAUCUUGGACCAGAACUGCAGAGUGACUUGACCUCGGCAGCUAGAUACCACGAAGAGGGUGAAUUUGUAUAUGCAGUGUAUGUUUGGAAAUUCUUCCACGAUUGAUUCUGAAGGCAUAAUUAAUUUUAAAAGGAAGCCUUAGCUUCUGAGUUUCAAAAUUGAUUGUGAUAAAAUAUAAGUUGAUUCAAACAUGUGCUAGAAUAGAGGUGAGACAGGUUGCAUACGUUUCUUUUGGUUUUAUGAUUGCCAUGCGUAGUGUAUUCCAAUUAUGUUGCUUAAAGGGGACUUCACUGGCAUGCGUUCCUGGCAUUUCAUUAUUGGAUAACAAAGCCUCUGUUAUUCUCUC